CAGGAGCCCCUUCCCCAACCACACGAAGGGCAAUCAGAACCUGAACAGCUAGUGUGAUAGAAAGACUUACCUGAGCUACGAGACACAACUGACUUACCUGUGUAGAGCUCACCAUAUUAAUGAAGCUGAAGCAACAGAAAUGGAUCAAGAGCUGCAUCACGGAAACAUGAAGGAGAACAUACUAACAGAGCGUGAUCUCCACCGGACACCGGAACACGGGGAGAUUAGAGAGAACAUACUAACAGAGCGUGAUCUCCACGAGAUGCAGGAAUAUAUAUCAAAAUUUGAGACGACAGAAGCCGAAAGCAUCAGAGAGUGUUUGGAUCAGUUUCCUGCCUCCUAUACAUCUAACUCUACCAAGGAACAGCUUUUGCUGAGUUUAGCUGAGAAUUUCUGGCGUCAGUACUCGUAUCUGUAUCCAGACCGGCAACCUUUGUUUUUAAAUCCCAGAAAUGAGUGUGACAUCGAGAAGUUUGUCUGCACCACUUUACGUCCCACACUCAUUCCAUAUCCAGAACUGUAUAACUGGGCCGAAUGUGCGUGCUUUGUGUCUGAAUAUCUGACGAUGCAGCCUCUGGACCCCCCGCAUGACCUGCCUCACAGUCUAUUCUCCUCCAACACAGUUCUGCAAAAGCAGCAGGGGAACUGCUUCGAUUUCAGUGUCUUGCUGUGUUCCCUACUUCUGGGAGCUGGGUAUGAUGCCUACUGUGUCAGUGGGUAUGCGACUAAGGAGAUGUGUGUGAUGGAUGAGUCCAGAGAGGUCUGCCCUUUGCUUUUAAAGCAGAAAGAGAGUCUUGGGGAGAUCUCUGUGAAGCACACCAAAAAGUACAGUGUGAAACCUCCACGGCAAUUCAUCAGUAAGUUUGAGGUGGAGCAGGAAUCCAAGCGAGAGGAGCAAAUCCAUUUAGCACAGCAAAAACAGCAGGAGGAGGAAAAACAGCGCCUAAAGGAAGCAGAAAAACCCGUCUCAGAUCCUCUCUAUGGCCGCCGGAUACAUUGCUGGGUUCUAGUGUUGUCUGGAAAGCGCGAAGUCCCAGAGAACCUCUUUAUCGACUCAUUCACAGGAAAAAGCUUUGACACCAAAGAUGAUCACUUCCUGGGUAUUGAAAGUGUGUGGAAUCAUGAAAACUACUGGGUCAACAUGCAAGACUGUCGCAACGGGUGCAAGGACAUGACCUUCGAUUUGGGAGACCCUGCGUGCUGGGAAUUCUUCCUGCAGGGAAGCUCCAAACCACAGCUGCUGAUUCCUGACGCGGAGGAUGAGGAGGAUGGAAAUGAUGUGGAUCAAGAUGGAAGUCCCAUGCCAGAGAUGCUGCCAUCUUGGGUUUUGCCCAUUGUGAUAACCCCGAAAGAGUUUGAGACUCGCUGUCCCCAGGGUAAGAAAGUACUGCAAUACAGGAAAGCAAAGCUUGAGAAGUGGGCCCCGUUCAUGGAGAAGAAUGGACAGGUUUCCCGUCUAACUCUUUAUCUGGACACAAAUUGUUCUCAAGAGGUGGAGAUCAAAGACUGGUUCGAACACAGACAGGACAAGUUGCACCUGAAGCACCAUAACAAACAGACUGGGAUCACCAGCGAAUACUUCUCGCCCGGCCGUGCUGAUGCUCUGAAAGUUCAUGUGUACCGGUCCCUGGCACCGGAAACAGAACGCAGCAUGGUGUUUUACAGCGAGUCUCGCCUGGAUGGUUUGCAGACAAGAGAUGAGAAGCCCAGGGAAAUGACAGAGACCUUCCAAGGCCGAUUAGACCUUCUGUAUUAUAGGCACACUCAGUUCGGGAAAAAACCUAAGAAGGUGGCAAUAGCUGGAGGACCAACUGAGACCAAUCCAAGACCAAUUCUGAAAAUCAUGGAGCGUUUCCAUAGGAACACAGAAAAAGCAGCCAAUGAGGAUGUAGCCGAGCGAAUUUUUCUAAUCCGCGAGAAUCGAAUCCAGUUGCAAUGUCACCGGGAGAAUGAUCAUAUCAUCACCUCCUUCUGGGAGUUCCUAAAACCAUCCAACUUAGGGGAGAAGGGCACCCAUGUCAUACUGACCCCCGAAACUGCCCUUUCCUUUCAGGCAAAAAAUUGUGAAAGAUUCAAUAAGCAGCUGUAUGUGUAUGAACGUCUUGUCAGCCUGCAGCAAGAAGAGAUGAUCGUGAAAAAAGUGGUCCGGAACUCUGAGGCAGAGGUUCUGGAAAUCCUCUCUGUUCGCAGUCAGGAAGAAGCAGAUCCUCAGUUUGCCAUUUCCAUUUAUGACAUUGAAAGAAAUGUGAAGAGCAAGGAGCAGCAAGAGGCCAGGAAGCGUGCUCUUCGAGAAGAAGAGGAACAGAAUGACAAUAUGGAUUACCUGGCACCGUUCCUUGCCCAGUUUAAAGACCCGGUGAAGAAGCUGACCCGAGCUCAGGCACAGCAGGUGAAGGAGGACUGUCUAAAUGACCUAAAGCAGAGGCAGAUUGAGAAAGCCAACCUCAUACAAGCUCGAUUUGAGAAGGAAACACAGGAGCUGCAGAAGAAGCAGCAGUGGUACCAACAGAACCAGGUGUCGAUGAGUAGGGAGGACGAGGAAAGUUACGUGGAAUACUGUUCGGAAGCCAUGUUCCGCAUACAGAUACUAGACAAACGACUGAACAGGCACAAGGAACUUGCUCCGCAGAAAUACCUGGCUCUGGAGGACCAGCUGAGUAAGGACCCUCGGCUGACGGAGCUGUUCCUCGCCCUGUGAGACUGCACCGUUUCAUUCACCAUUUUAAUGGAAAUUCUUCCUCAUUGUAAUGUGACUCCUCCUCCGAGGUUAAAAAAUACCUGAAUCUCAAAUAUAUUCUGCUUUCAUUAAUAAAUGGGACAGUGUGCU